GCUAUAACACAAAAUAUAGGGUAGUCGGACGGUUCACUCGUCCGAACGGGCGCGCAGUGUUUUUAUAUAUUUCGGUGCAUACGCGCGACGCAGCCUCCGAUAGCCGCUCCGAGGCAAUGCUCGGUACAGUGCCUUUAUAGAUAUAAUUAUAAAACGAGAGACUUUUUUGUGAUAACCAUGGGGUGUAGUGCGAGAUACUGUUUACUGGUUCUAAGCUUGUGUCUAGUGACUGAACAUGCGAUCGGUGUGAGAGUUGUUCCCAAGAGAAAAAAAGAGGCUUUAAAUUCGGCCGAUGAUCAGUCAACAUCAGCGUCAUGGUGGCAAGCGGGUACUGCGACUCCAUUUAGGGACAGUUCAAGCAGCAACGCCUUCUCAUCAACACACGGGCUGGUACAGACCCAUCCUAGCCUCAAUGAUCCAUUCUCAUCAUUUGGCAGUACAAUUGGACCAUCUUCUAACCCAUUUGCGCAAACCAGCGGCGGCGGUCCGCUCAGCGGUGGCGUCAGAAAUAAUCCAUUACCGCCUUUGGCGAGAAGUGCGAAUGGAAAGAACUCUCUAAAGCACUUGGAUUUCACCAGCAGUGCGACAGCCGAGUUAAGAAGGAACCCAGCGUUGUCCGCUCCUGAUGAGUGCGCAAGAGCGUGUAGAGAGAACGAACCACCAAGGAUUUGCUAUUACCACUUCACCCUCGAACUCUAUACUGUUUUGGGAGCAGCUUGUCAAGUAUGUACUCCAAAUGCUACCAACGUCGUGUGGUCGCAUUGCCAGUGUGUGCUUGCUGACGGAGUGGAAAGAGGUAUUCUCACUGCCAACAGAAUGUUGCCUGGACCGUCCAUCCAGGUCUGCGAAAACGAUAAAGUAGUAAUUGACGUUGAGAACCACAUGGAAGGUAUGGAAGUGACAAUUCACUGGCACGGUAUCUGGCAAAGAGGAUCACAGUACUACGAUGGAGUACCUUUUGUUACUCAAUGUCCCAUUCAACAAGGAAACACAUUUAGAUACCAAUGGCAAGGUAACGCUGGUACUCACUUUUGGCACGCCCACACCGGCUUGCAGAAGUUGGAUGGUUUAUACGGUAGCAUUGUUGUGCGUCAGCCUCCAUCAAAAGACCCCAACAGCCACUUGUACGAUUACGAUUUGACCACACACGUCAUGUUAAUCAGUGACUGGCUGCACGAAGACGCCGCCGAGAGGUACCCAGGUCGUUUGGCCGUCAAUACUGGACAAGAUCCAGAAUCCGUCCUGAUCAAUGGAAAAGGUCAAUUCAGAGACCCCAACACUGGUUUCAUGACAAACACUCCAUUAGAAGUGUUUACAAUUACGCCCGGAAGGAGAUACAGAUUCAGAAUGAUAAACGCUUUCGCGUCUGUAUGCCCAGCUCAAGUUACGUUCCAAGGCCACAACCUUACUGUUAUCGCUACAGAUGGUGAACCUGUGUUACCUGUCCAAGUCAACACCAUUAUCUCCUUCUCCGGUGAACGUUACGAUUUUGUUAUUGAAGCAAAUAAUGUACCUGGUGCAUACUGGAUUCAAGUGAGAGGUCUGGGAGAAUGUGGCGUAAAGAGAGCUCAACAGCUAGCUAUCCUCAGGUACGCGAGAGGUCCUUAUCAGCCAUCAACACAAGCGCCAACUUACGAUGUCGGCAUUCCUCAAGGAGUCGUGAUGAACCCAUUGGACGCAAGGUGUAAUGCCCCAAGGAAUGACGCUAUUUGCGUCAGCCAACUGAAAAAUGCUAGAAACAUCGACCCAGCUAUUCUACAGGAAAGGCCUGAUGUAAAGAUCUUCUUGCCUUUCCGUUUCUUCGUGUACAGACCAGAGAUGCUCUUCCAGCCCAAUACAUACAACAGAUAUUUAGUGGCACCACAAGGCGACCAUGUUAUCAGUUUGAUUGACGAAAUAUCCUACAUGUCUCCCCCUGCACCUUUACUAAGUCAAUAUGAUGACAUAAAUCCCGAACAAUUCUGCAACGGUGACAACAGACCCGCGGACUGUGGACAAAACUGCAUGUGCACCCAUAAAGUCGAUAUCCCGCUAAACGCUGUAGUGGAAAUUGUACUCGUAGACGAAGUUCAAAUCGCUAAUUUAUCUCAUCCAUUCCACUUGCACGGUUACGCUUACAACGUCAUCGGUAUCGGACGUUCUCCUGACCAGAACGUUAAGAAAAUCAACUUAAAACAUGCUUUGGAUUUGGACAGAAGAGGUUUGCUCGAGCGUCACCUCAAACAAGGAGAUCUUCCACCAGCAAAGGACACGAUCGCUGUACCCAACAACGGAUACGUCAUCCUUCGUUUCAGAGCCAACAAUCCUGGCUUCUGGCUCCUUCACUGUCACUUCCUUUUCCAUAUCGUAAUCGGUAUGAGCUUGGUACUCCAAGUUGGUACCCAAGCCGACCUUCCUCCAGUACCCCCUAACUUCCCUACAUGCGGAGACCACCUACCUCCAAUUGGUAUUAACUAAAUCGGUUCCUAGAACAUUUCCCAGUUCUUUUGUGCAAAAAUGAAGUACAUAGUUGAUUUAUUAUGUUACCUAAGUGUAAAUUUAUGUUUGUUUUGUGUGAUGUGAUCGGUGGUUUCGAAGUGCUCGAUUUCACCGUUUGUGUUUAUUUUAUAUUCGAAUGAUUCAACGGGAGUUAUGACGGUUUGUGAUUUUUAUUUAAAGGUGAUGCCCAAUUUUCUGAGAUUACUGCUAUAUCAUUUUAUGCCAUAUUCGGUGAUAUAUUUGUAAUUAUUUUGACAAUAUCGCCUUUAAUAUGUGUCUUAUGAGGCUCUUGAAUCUUUUAUUUCUAACACCUCUCUGGGUGUCCUUCCAUCUUAUGCGAACUUGUAUGUUCUGUAACUAACAACUUGCCAUUUUUAAUUUUCACCAAGGAUAUUUAUUGCGUGUAUAUAUUUAAAGAGUUCUUUAUAAUAAAUACCUUAGAUGUUUAAGUAUUCGACCCAGUUACUAACCCAACACGUGACAGAAAAAAUAAUAAUAUUCGUAAAUUGUACAUAAUCGAAAACUGCGACAGAUGUAAAUACACGAAUUUAUAAAUGUUCCGAAUCUUUGCAAUACACAAUUAACUUUGACGACUGUAUAUACCUAACUAGAAUUUUAUACGUAGUGUUACCAUUUUCAUGUUACCACUAUUUUAGACAUAAAUUCAAUUUAAUAGACACCAGUGUAAAAUAAAAUGAUCCUUUAGGAUUCUUACGAUUCCAUCUAUACAAAAGAUUGGCGUACUUUUUUCUAUCCUAGUCUACACGAAAAUGUGCGCGUUCUAAACAUACAGUCAAUCAUACAUGUAUAAUAAACUAAAUAACUGAUUUGAAAUAUUGCUGCAACUAUUUUUAGUUACGCAGCGACAAAAAUGUUUUGUAAUAAAACCACGAUUAUUUUAAGGAAAAAAUGUAAAUUUUUAUACCAUUCAAUAAAAUAUAUG